AAUACCAUCACUUUUGACAUACUUAUGUCACCUAUAAGUACGCCAACCUAAGCUAGCUCCAGGUCUAGUCUCCAACAGCCAACGGCAACAUUGCAUCCAAAAUGUGCUUUAGUGCUGUUGCCCCACCUUGACUUCAUAUGCGGCUUUGAUGUUUCAAUGUGUGUCGCUGCGCACAUGUCCACGCCAGCCCUGGCAAACAGACAGGCUGACUGACUGACUGAGGAUCACUGGCAAGCUCCCAGGCUAUUUGUCCCCAUCCGCCGGACUCAAAUUUGCUGACGUGCCAAAUGGACUUGCAGCAAUCUCCAAGGUGCCUGCGGCAGGUUGGGGCCAAAUCUUGGCCUACAUGGCAUUCUGCGAGGUUUCUCAGGAUCAAUCUCCUGGCACACCUGCUGCCGCUGGAGACUUCGGCUUCAAGGUCUUGACUUCAUCUGAUCCUGCCGAGAAGACAAAAAAACUCAGCGCAGAGCUUGCCAAUGGCCGCCUUGCGAUGAUGGCAAUCAUCGGAAUGUUCUUUCAGGAUGGCCUGACUGGCAGCGCUUGGGGGGACUGGGCGAACUACACCGCUUCUCCUUUGCGUGCAUUCGAGAAUGAGUUGGGCGUUCAGGCUCCGGUGGGAUUCUUCGACCCCUUCGGCCUCACGAAGGAUGGUGACGUGGAGGCCUUCAAGCGCCGACGCGCAACGGAGCUGAAGAACGGACGUGUGGCCAUGUUGGCCACCAUGGGCUACAUCGUGCCGGAGUACUUCCGCUUCCCUGGAUACUGCUCCCCCACGGCGGGUGUGAAGUUUGCCGAUGUGCCCAAUGGCUUGGCCGCACUGGGCAAGGUGCCAGCUGCCGGUUGGACCCAGAUCUUCCUGUUCCUGGGCCUUGUGGAGAAGGGGAUCUACACCUAUGAUCCCACGCGUUCGCCUGGAGACUACAAGAACGCAGGUGUGCUGGGCGUGCCCAAUGGCAGCACCAUGGCUGCGGGUGAGGGCCGCAACCGCAAGCUGAACUCAGAGCUUGCCAAUGGACGUCUGGCAAUGAUGGCCAUCAUCGGCAUGUUCUUUCAGGACGGCCUCACGGGCUCCGCUUGGGGAGAUUGGGCGAGCUACACGGACUCCCCGCUGCGCGCCUUUGAGAACGAGCUGGGUGUUCAGGCGCCGGUGGGCUACUUCGAUCCUUUGGGCAUGUCCAAGGACGGGGACGUGAAGACCUUCCGCCGCCGCCGCGAGAGCGAGCUGAAGAACGGCCGUGUGGCGAUGUUCGCCACCAUGGGCUUCAUCCUGCCGGAGUACUUCCGCUUCCCUGGUUACCUCUCGCCUGCGAAGGGCCUCAAGUUCGCGGACGUGCCCAACGGCUUGGCGGCGCUCUCCAAGGUGCCUUUGACCGGCUGGAUCCAGAUCUUCCUCUUCUGCGGCAUGGUGGACUUCGGCCUCUACAGGGCGGAUGACUCUCGUGAUCCUGGUGACUACGAGAACGCCGGCAUUUUGGGCGUGCCCAACGCCAGUGGCCCCAUGAGCGAUGCUGAGGGACGCAAGAGGAAGCUGAACUCGGAGUUGGCCAACGGCCGUCUGGCCAUGGUGGCGAUUACUGGCAUGCUCUUCCAGAAUGGCAUGUUUGGCACUACUGGCCCUGCCAUGUGGGGCUUCUAAGGGCUCAGGUACCAGACGCACCGUCCUAUCGUACAGGCGGCCGUUGUCUCGCCUGAACGGUUGCUGUCUCAUGCCGACCAGACACCCAGAGCAGGCCAUCACACUGGACACGCCUGCGAGAUUCUCAACUGAAGCGGAGAUUGAGACAGGAAGU